ACAGAAUGAGAAAUGGAUGAAUGUCCGGGUAGGAGACAUAAUCAAAUUGGAAAACAAUCAGUUUGUGGCUGCUGAUCUGUUGCUGCUGUCAAGUAGCGAACCUCACGGUCUUGGUUACGUUGAGACAGCAGAGCUUGAUGGGGAAACCAAUUUGAAAGUUCGACAAGCACUGCCAGUAACUUCAGAGCUCGGAGCAGAUAUGUGUAGGUUGGCAGAAUUUAAUGGGGAAAUCAUUUGCGAGCCUCCAAAUAAUAAAUUGGACAAAUUCACUGGGACACUAUUUUGGAAUGAUAAGAAGUACUCACUAGAUAAUGAAAAGAUGCUACUUCGAGGUUGCGUGCUACGGAACACAGAGUGGUGUUUUGGCUUGGUGAUCUUUGCAGGGCCUGAUACCAAGCUAAUGCAGAACAGUGGCCGAACCAAAUUCAAACGAACCAGCAUAGACCGACUGAUGAAUACUUUGGUACUGUGGAUCUUUGGCUUCCUUGUGUGUAUGGGAAUCAUUUUGGGAAUUGGAAAUUCCAUUUGGGAAAGUGAAGUCGGGUAUCAUUUUCAUAUCUACCUGCCCUGGGACGAGUGGAUGAAAAAUGCGAUUUUUUCGGGAUUUCUAAGUUUCUGGUCGUACAUAAUUAUCCUGAACACAGUUGUACCGAUCUCACUGUAUGUCAGUGUUGAAGUCAUUCGACUUGGGCAUAGCUACUUCAUAAACUGGGAUCGAAGGAUGUAUUAUGCCAAGAAAAACACAUCCGCUGAGGCACGAACCACGACACUUAAUGAAGAACUGGGACAAAUAGAGUACAUAUUUUCUGACAAAACAGGAACUCUUACGCAGAAUAUAAUGAUUUUCAACAAAUGCUCAAUUAAUGGAAAAGCUUAUGGAGAUGCUUAUGAUGAAAUGGGACAUAAAAUUGAAAUAUCUGAGAAAACGCUGUCUGUGGAUUUUUCAUUCAAUACGUUAGCAGAUCUAAAGUUUAAAUUUUAUGAUGCCAGUCUGGUGGAAGCAAUAAAACUGGGGGAUUCAUCUGUGCACGAGUUCUUCAGAUUGCUUUCGCUCUGCCAUACAGUGAUGCCAGAGGAGAAAAAUGAAGGAGAACUUGUUUACCAAGCCCAGUCACCUGAUGAAGGAGCCUUGGUCACAGCUGCAAGAAACUUUGGUUUUGUUUUUCGAUCCCGCACCCCAGAGACCAUCACGGUGAAUGAGAUGGGCCAGCCCGUUAUAUACCAACUACUGGCCAUUUUGGAUUUCAACAACGUGCGGAAGAGGAUGUCAGUGAUUGUUAGAAAUCCUGAAGGACAAAUAAGACUUUACUCAAAGGGAGCUGAUACAAUUUUGUUUGAGAGACUUCAUCCGUCUAGUGAAGACCUGAUGUGUGUGACCUCAGACCAUCUCAGUGAAUUUGCAGGGGAAGGUCUGCGAACUUUAGUGCUCGCCUACAAAGAUCUGGAUGAAGCUUACUUUGAUAAGUGGCAGAAAAGACACCAUUAUGCCAGCACUGCUCUUGAAAACCGAGAUGAACUGCUUUCUGCCUUGUACGAAGAGAUUGAACAGGACCUGAUGUUGCUAGGUGCCACUGCAGUAGAAGACAAAUUACAAGAAGGGGUUUCUGACACUAUUGCCAACCUAACCCUGGCCAAUAUCAAGGUUUGGGUACUUACCGGAGAUAAGCAAGAGACUGCAAUGAAUAUCGGAUACUCAUGCAACAUUUUAACGGAUGACAUGAAUGAAAUUUUCAUUGUGUCAGGCUACACGGUACUCGAAGUCCGUGAACAACUCCGGAAAGCAACACAGCAAAUGAUGGGAACACCUAUUUGCAAUGGGCAUGCUGUCUCUGAAAAGAAUGGAACUUCAAAGUUAGAAUCGGUGAUUGAAGAGACUGUUAUGGGAGACUAUGCAUUGGUUAUUAAUGGACACAGUUUAGCACAUGCAUUAGAAGCAGACAUGCAGCGUGAGUUCCUAGACUUGGCUAGCAUGUGCAGAACUGUAAUUUGCUGUCGAGUCACACCAUUGCAGAAAGCCCAAGUGGUUGAGCUUGUCAAAACGUACAAGAAAGCUGUCACACUCGCUAUAGGCGACGGUGCAAAUGAUGUCAGCAUGAUUAAAAGUGCACACAUAGGAGUUGGGAUCAGUGGUCAGGAAGGCAUGCAGGCUGUUCUAGCUAGUGACUAUUCAUUUGGACAAUUCAGAUACCUUCAGCGACUUUUGUUAGUCCAUGGGAGAUGGUCCUAUUUGAGAAUGUGCAAGUUCCUCUAUUAUUUUUUCUACAAGAAUUUUGCAUUCACUCUUGUACACUUCUGGUUUGGUUUCUUCUGUGGAUUCUCUGCCCAGACUGUUUAUGAUCAGUGGUUUAUUACCUUGUACAACAUAGUUUACACUUCACUUCCUGUUCUGGCCAUGGGUAUAUUUGAUCAGGAUGUCAAUGAACAGAAAAGUUUGGAAUACACAAGACUCUAUGAACCAGGACAACUUAACCUAUUGUUCAAUAAGCGGGAGUUCUUCAUCUGUAUAGUCCAAGGAGUCUACACCUCCAUUGUCCUUUUCUUUAUUCCAUAUGGUGCAUUUUGUGACACUACACGAGAUGAUGGGUCACACCUUUCUGAUUAUCAGUCAUUUGCUGUUACAGUGGCAACAUCGCUGGUGAUUGUGGUUAGUGUGCAAAUUGGGCUUGACACUAGCUACUGGACUGCAGUGAAUCAUUUCUUCAUAUGGGGGAGCGUGGCUGUCUAUUUCUCCAUCUUAUUUGCCAUGCACAGUGAUGGAUUGUUCACAAUAUUCCCAGGCCAGUUUCCUUUCGUAGGAAAUGCUCGGAAUUCCCUGGCCCAUCUUACAGUGUGGCUGGUCAUAAUUGUGACCACGGUACUAUGCAUCGUGCCAGUAGUCGCAAUCAGGUUCCUGAUGAUAGAUUUGAAACCAACCUUGAGUGACAAGGUACGAUACAUGCAACGUGUCAGAAGAAAACAGAAGCCAGUGCAGCAUCGUAUGAGGCGUGUAAACCGUACCAGCUCAAGAAGGUCUGGCUACGCAUUUGCCCAUCAAGAGGGCUUUGGUGAGCUCAUUACCUCAGGAAGGAACAUGCGCUUCAGUAAACCAUCGAUGGUGUCAACUGGGAAGUCAAUGCCGAGCAGCACCAGCUGGAUUGAAACUUUACGAAAGAAAACAACAGACACAGUAAAUAGCUUUGGCAGCGACAAAAAUAUAAAACAGUAAAGCAGCAGUCAUUUGGAAGGAAGGAUGCUUUACUUUGUUUCAAACUUGGCCAUAGUUUGUACUGUGCUGCAUGUCUGCAAAGCUCGAAUCACUAUUGGCUGAAGAGUCACCAAGGAAUGAACUCUCGUUUCAGAGCUGUUGUGUGCCAAGUUUGUCAUGCAAUGUUGGACAAACCUGGUGGACUCUUCGUUGCCAAGUGGCAAAUGUUAGCAAGAAAGAGUUCUAACUUGCAAUUUGUGUAAGCUUGAUAAAAAUGUCAGCUCAAUUGAAAUUGAGCAUUUUGAGGCACUUGUCAGUAUAUCAGCUGACAUCCCUGUUACAAAGCAAAUUUUUAUUCUAAGCUGUAAAUAUUUUUUAGCUUUUGAAAACAUUUUUGUAAUGCAAGAGAGCAACAGUUGCAUUAUGAAAUGCUGCUCAACAUAAAUGGACCUAUAUAAAUAAGAUUAUGAAAGAUUGGCAAAGCAACUGUACAUAAUAUAAUUCAAUUCAUUCACUAGAGGGACCCAACUAUAUUCUAUUCUGUCUAAGAAUGUUACACUGUGGUCCUGUAGCUAUGACCUCAUUUGAGGAAAUUAGUGCCUUUGAGUUUUCCUCACAUGAGGAAACAACUUUAUUUGAAUGUAUGUAUGUAUGGUUUUGAAAACUACACAUUGCAUUUACAAACUCUUUCUGCUUUAAUGGUUCAGUUUAACUUCACUUUCUGAUUGUAUUUCUGCACUGAAGUACAACAGCUAACCUUAUCAGAAUUGUUACAUUUGCAACGUGUUUUCUACGAGAUAUUUGCUCUUCAUGCAGUUACUCUUUAUAUAUCCAUGUAUUCGCACUAUUUUUCCAAGAGGGAACAUCAAGCAGACAAAGUCUGUUUUAAGACUUUGUGGACAUAGUAAACAUAUCAUUUGGUUUCACUCUUGUUCAAAUGUGUCUUUAAUACAGACUAUUAGCCACCUCUAUCUCCCAGCAAUGUUUCACUGUUUGGCUCUUCAGAGAGUCGGUUAUCCUUAUUUUUUUAGGACUUUGCUGUACAUGUCUUAGUUGCCUCAUUUUCUCCAAUAUAGCAUCAACAACACUUCAAAAGUAUUUCAUCAGUUGUGAAAAUCUGUCUUGAUGUCAUAUUAGGCACUAUGUGAAUGCAGUUAUUUCUUUCUAUAGAAGGAGCUCAUUACCAUUUUGGUAAUUUAAUUUCCGACAGUAGUAUUGAACUUCAGCAAACGUCGUUAAAAUUCUCUUGUCUUUAGCAUUACUGAUUAUUUACAUUUGUUGUAUUAAAACUGGUCCAUAUCUCUAGAAUCCAACAGUACUAUACCUAUACUCUUAUGGAUUAAGUGAAGGCAGACACACAGUACAAUGCAGCUGUGCAUUUUCAGCGGACAAGGUAAUAAACAAGAAGACUUCACCUCACCUCUCCCAAUUUUGAAUAAACAGAAAAUCUGGCCUCUGAUGCAUUGCCCAACCCCCAACUCAACAGCAGUGGAUUAUUUCUAACUCAGCAUUUGCAACCUUCUCUCUGCGUUACUGAGGACAAAAUGGUCCCUUGAGCCCAUCCGCAAGGAGCAUCAAUCGGACCUUUCAGUCCCAUUCCCAGAGAUCAGACAAUUGCUACCCUAUUGAAAACCGCUUCAGACUUUUCUCUAACUAAGGAUGAAUUAUCAUUUCUCAUUAACCCAAUCUCAGAUGUGGCCUUCCAUUGACACCCAAUCCCAGCCACAUUCAAACACUUGAACAAAUAAGACAUUGCCAAGAACUACAAAAUGCUUCAUUAUCCUCUAUCCCCUCUCCUCCACCAUUGUGCUCUUUUUUUCCUUCCCAUUCAUUCCUUCUCCUCCACCCUCAUUUUUUCCUUUUUCCUUCUUACACCUCUGAUCUACUUCCAGUUGUCGAUUCCCUUCUAAUCUGAUUGACAUGAAUACUGAUCUUACUCUUGACAUCACAGAAUGUUGACCAUUGCAUUUGAAGUCCACAUUCCAUCUCAAGUGGAGUAUUGCCCUCAGUCAGUGUCCAAGCUGUAUCUCCUGCUUUUUUUUUUAUCUAUUGUGCACCCUAGUCUGCUCAUCAUUAUAGUUAUGUACUGGAUUAGUGAUCCAGAGGUCUGGACUAAUGAUUUGGAGACAAGUUCAAAUCCCACCAUGGCACUAGGGAAUUUAAAUUCGGUUAAUAAAUAAAACUGGAAUAAAAAAUGUCAGUGUUGGUAUUAGUGGCCAUGAAAACUACCAGAUUGUCAUUUUUUAAGAUCAAAAAAUGGCCUUGAGGGAAGGAAAUCUGCUCUCCUGAUUGGAUCUGGCUUAUAUGUGACUCCUGGCCAACAGAAAUGUGGUUGAUUUUUAACUAUGAUCUGUAGGGGCACAGCAAGUUACUUAUUUGUAUUUAAGAGAUAUUGUCUGCAGUGGCCAAGAAAGUUAUUUAUUUGUCUUCAAUAGAGUGCCUCACCAUUGCCGUCUCUAGGGCAAUUAGGGAUGGGCAAUAGAUGCUGGCCUUGCCAAUGAGGCACACAUUCUGAAACAUGCCUGGCUGACAGGUGCCAUGAGCAUAAUUCUCCACUGGCAAGAGACAUAGUCAAGGUGAAAUAGUUGGGCAAGUUGGCCCUGGAGAGAAACGCACACCCUUUUUGGCAGCUCACUUACUAAGUUUUGGGUGAAAAGGUCCAAACGCAAUCUUCUCAACCUGCCACCAAUUAAGGCCCAUAAGUAGUCAAUUAAUCACCAUUUAAUCUCACCACCGGCAUGAUUACCUGCCUUUCUGACAAGCAAGAAAGGUGACUAAUUUCCCCUCUGGGAAACCAUAGUAACCUGCAUGCCAGGUUUGUAAGGGCAGGGGAAGCUUUCUUCUAUUGCCCCAAGUGGGGAGUGCUGUUGGGAUACAUGACUGGGGAUGGGUAAAGGAUGGCAGCUGAGAGCUACCCAUGCCCUUGCCUCCAACCUCCCAUUCCCUGUGGUCUCCAUCUUGAGAGUUACUUAGACCAGGAGCCUUUAGAACCUAGAAGAUACUGGUGUCCUGGACACCAGUGUUGAGGCGUCUGUUAGACCAAGAAACCCACCCACGCUUACCUGUGAGCUAUUCGUGACCUGAUUAAGGGUGACACGGUGACUGAGUGGUUAGCAUUGCUGCCUCACAGCGCUAGGGACCCAGGGUCAAUUCCAGUCUCAAGUGACUGUUUGUGUGGGGUUUGCACAAUCUCCCUGUGUCUGCGUGGGUUUCCUCUGCGUACUGUGGUUUCCUCCCACAGUCCAAAGGUGUGCAGGAUAGGUAGAUUGGCCAUGCUAAAUUGCCGGGGAUGUGCGCUAGGUGGGUUAGCUGCGGUAAAUGCAGAAGUCUGGGAAUAAAGUAGAGAGCUGGGUCUGGGUGGGUUGCUCUUUGGAGGGUCAGUGUAGACUUGAUGGGCCGAAUGGCCUCUUUCCAUGCUGUAGGGAUUCCAUGAUUGGCAGAUGAAUAGAUGAGUUUUUUUCAAUGGUGGGGGUGCACAUAACAGUCAACCAAAAAUUUGGAGACUUCUGCCUGAAACUUUAAAAGUUCUUGCUAGAGCUGUUUCACCCUUCUCACAGGUACAGUGUAAGUAAAUAAUCUAAGAAAGAAAAAUGCCUCUUAAAACUCAUUAUGUAGAAAAAACUCCACCCCUCUGUGUCUGAGACCAAACAUUGAGUUCUUGUUGAAGAGUGGAGCUGUUAUGGGAACAUAGGAAAUAGGAACAGGAGUGGGCCAUUCGGCCCCUCAAGCCCAUCCUGCCAUUCAACAAGAUCAUGACUGAUCUGCAUUAGGCCUCAACUCUUCAUUCAUGCCAGCUCCUCAAGCCCUCAGCUUCCUGAUAUUUUGAAAAAUCUAGCUGCCUCUUCAAAGACUUGCAGUGAUCUAACCUCUCCAACUCUCUGGAGUAGAGAAUUCUAGCUAUUCAUUACCAUAUGGGAGAAAAAGAUUCUUUCUCGUCCCAGUUUUAAAUGAGUGCCCCUUAUUCUAUAAGUAUGUCCUCAUGGCUUGAAAUUCGCCCCACUAGUGGAAACAUUUUCUCGAUAUUUACCCUGUUAAGCCCCCUCAGAAUUUUGUAUGUUUCAAUAAGAUGAGCCCUCAUUCUUCUAAACCAGAAUGAAUAAAGCCUUAGACUGAUUAGCCAUUCUUGACAGCCUUUCAUCCCAGGAAUCAGUGUAGUGAAUCUGUUUUGAACUGCCUCUAAUGCUAGCACAUCCUUCCUUAAAUAUAGGGACUAAAACUGUACAAUGUACUCUAGGUGCAACCUCACCAACACACAGUAUAGUUGUAACAAGACAUCUUCAUUUUAACGCUACCCCAUAUUCCAACACACUAGCAAUAAAGGCCAAAAUUUAAUUUGCCAUUUGAAUUACUUGCUCCACCUGCUUGCUAACUUAUUGUGUUUCAUGCACAAGAACACGCAGAUCUCUCUGCAGUUCACUUUUUUUUGGAGUCUCCAGUUAAAUAAUUAACAGCCAUUUAUUCCUAUCAAAGUGCAUUACCUCACACAUUCCUACAUUAAACUCUAUCUGCUAAGCUUUGUCCACUUGCUCAGUCUAUCUAUAUCCCCAUGCAGAUUCUCAUGUCCUCAUCACAUGCCCUGCCACCUAUUUUUGUAUCAUCAGCAAAUUUACACUCUGCCCCUCCUACAAGUCAUUAAUUCAGAUGAGAAAUAAUUGAGGCCCCUGGACUGAUCCUUAGUUAUGUCUUUCCAACCUGAAAAAAGACUCAUUAAUCCUAAUUCUAUAUUCUGUGUUAACAAUCCCCAAUCCAUGCUAAUAUAUUACCCUCAAUACUGUGAGUUCCUGUCCUGUGCAAUAACUUUUCCUGUGCCACCUUAUUAAAUGCCUUUGAAAUUCUAAAUUCACUAUAACUACCAGUUCCCCUUCAUCAACUCUGCUUGUUAUAGCCUUGAAGAACUCAAGCAGAUUUGUCAAACUUCAUUUCCCUUUCACAAAGCCAUUUUGACUCUGAUUCCAUUAGGCUACGUCCUGUUAUUUUUUUCUUUAAUAAUAGAUUCUAACAUUUUCUUAUCAACAGAUGUGAGCUAAGUGGUCUAUAAUUUCUUGUUUUCGGUAUCCUUUCUUGAACAGGGUCACAUUAAUGUUUUUUCCAGCUGGAAUCCACCCAGAAUCUAGUGAGUUCAGGAAUGUUUCAACAAAUUCCUCCACUAUCUCUGUAGCCACUUCCUUUAAAUUCCUUGGAUACAGGUCAUCAGAUCCUGGUGAUUGUCUCCCUUUGUGUUAAUUUUCCAUAUCAGGAAGUUUAUGUUUAAUAGGCCUAAAUGCUUCAAUUUUGCGGUCAUUCCUUUAAACCAAUAUUUCAUUACAUAUCUCCAAUUAUCUUAUUUUCAUGUUUGUCAAUUUUGUGGGUCUUUUAGGGAAUCUAAGCUACUUUCAAAUAUCCCAAGUCUUUAUAAAAUUUACUGAUACUUGGCAUUGAAUUCCCUCAUAAUUGUCCUGAAACAGACAAAGUUUGGGAAACACCCCUCCUGCUCUUGUUUCUGACCCCUGUGGCUUCUCUUUGUGGCCCCUGGCCCAAAAUGCAAUUGAUUGAGACUUGCUCCCGAGGAUGUCGGGUGUCCUCCCAUCAGCAGCCAUGGCCUUCAUAGUGGCUUUGCCAAGUGUGAGAGCUGCCAGCCUCUGAUUGGCUGCCCUCCAAACAGCCUGACCGGAGGAAGAUAUGGUGGGCCAUGAUCUAAACAGACAGGUGUCUGACCACCUUUCCAGCAAGCAUGGGAGAUUACCAAUGAAAAUGGAUAUUCCUGGUCUUGGUGUCUCUUUUCGUUUCCCUUUUCAUGUUUUCUAAGUUGUGAAUGUUAGUAUUUGGUAUCUUGAGUCACAAAGUAUCAGAUUCUAACUCAGGAUAGAGCCUUUUGUCAUUUUACUUCAGCCAGUUUAACAACCAUUUGGAGUCAAUACUUCCAUUUCAUUUUGUGUUCCUUGAAGCAAAUGAAAUUACUUUUCCAGUAACUGUUGCCCAUGACCUUUGGUCUAGCACAUAUGAUCUCAAAGCCUGAGAAUGGCCUCAAUUUUUUUGCAGGAACAUGAAGCAUCAACUUCAGAUGCUGAAAGAAAAGCUUCAAUUUUCCAACAGUGCCACCCUACUCAAUUAGAAAACUAUAAUAGCAAGCAUUCAGAAUGGUGUUAGAAUUGCAAUAAGCUUGUCAUGUUUACGACUCUGUUUUAGUUCAGGAUGAAAUGGAGGAAUGAAAGGAGUGAUGUGACUUGUGCUGAGUUCUGUUGGCAGGAAAUAUAGAUGGCUAUUUUUUAACGAUUAAAAAAGGAGGGCAAGUUAUUUUAUUGGGAAGCAGGUGCAAGAUAUCCAUACUUGAAGCAAAUAGAAGAAGCAUGCCCAUUGGUUGGUUAGUUGAAGUUGUUUGAGCUUGGUGCUAAUAAUGCCAAGGUCAUGGGUUCAAUCCAUAUACUGUUCAAACUUGUAGCUUGCAAUUGAGACUUUAAUGGUUCACAGGCCCUCAGUGGAUUGAGCGGCCGGGGUUCAAGACUGAGCUCCUCUAAUAACAUCUCUGAACAGAUUGAUUGAUUAGAAAAGUAAGUUAAAUUUUUUUAAGAAGUGGAAGAUACACGAAUGGUAGCAGUGGAUAGAUGGUUAGUUUCAUUGAGGAUAUCAGUUUGUAAAUUAUUAUACUUCAUGCUGGUUUAUUUAAUUCUGAGGGAAUAGAUUUGGGAGUCUAAAGGUUAUCUAAUUAGCAUUCUACCUGGGUUCAAAGGCCCAUGUGAUUCAAACUGCAAUGACAAUGGGUUUUGAGAGAGGGAGGUUGCACUUGAUGGCAUUUUAAGAUCGAGUUAUAAGAUUCUCCUAAAGGGUAUCCCUGAAUUUCACGGACUGAUCAGUACACCAGGAUAUGAGAGAGAGGAGGAGCAGAUAGAGGCAGUAAGUGUCUAUUGUUUACUACAUAGAAGUGUGAUGGGAGUUUGCACUUAGAUUAAAAUAACCAAAUUUUUAAUUAUUUAAAUUUUUUAAAAAUAGCAUAUCUUGAACUGGAGAAAGGUUCUCCAUGAAGAACUGUCAUUGCUAAUGAUAAUUCUUGGAUCGAAAGUUAUCAGACUAGGCAACAAAAUGAACAAAAGCAAACCCUCAGAAGCUAAGAAUCACUUUGGACUAGUUCCAAGAGAAUUGAAUGUCUAAUUAUGGAAUACUGUAAAAUAUAACCGUGAAGUGGCCUUUCAGGUGUGUUGAAAGUAAAGGGGGAAAGUUCUGUUCUAUGGUUUAGGUAUAAGUUGCACACUGAAACAGUGUUUCGUCAAUGUUACUUUUGUUUGGCUUAUUACACUAAAUGUUUUCAAAUGUGGACACUUAUUAUGUCAUGCUUUUAGCUACUGGAAAUUUCAGUUUGCUUAUAAAAUUAUCGGCCUCUAUCGUAGCAAUGGGAAGGAAUAUGCCAAAUUUCUGUUGCUGGAAUAUUCACCAAGAAACAAAAACAAGCUUUUGAUUUUCAUUACUCUUCUACAAGAGAUUUGGGUUUGACCAGUGUUGACAAUAGAUGUCAAUAUGACAAUCUUUUCAUACAGCAACGAAUAAGAAACAAACUGGAUAAUUUGAUUUGAUGUUAUUGGUUGAGGGAUAAAUGCUGAAUAGGACACCAAAGAACUCCCUCCUCUUUUCAGAACAGUGUCAGGCAUUUUUAACGUCUAUCUGCAAGCACAGAUAAGACCUUGAUUCAAUAAGUCAUAUUAAAAUCAGUCAUAUUAAAUUGCAGCCUUCCUUCAGUUUUACAAUCAAUUAUUAACCUAAAUGAUGUCCUUAAACGAAGCUUGAAGCCACAAUGUUCUGAUUGCCACUGAAUCAAGACUGAUAUCUAUUCAUGUAAACAUAUUUAUGUUUUCUAUCCCACUGUAUCUCAGAUAUUAAUUUCCAUUCAUUUAUAAUAUGGCUGCAUUAAAUCAGAUUUGGCUGCAAUUGCAAAUUGGCUUACAAAAAAGGCAGGAAUGUCUCAUUCAUGCAGAUAAGUAAAUAGUUAUUCAAAGUGGAAUAACAGCAUCUUUUCAGCUCUCAUCUGUCUCGGUUCAAAUUUAUUUUAAUUAGAAGAGAGAAAAGUCUUCCUUCUCUGACAGAAAGUUAAGGGCUCAAAACUAUCAAUUUUUCAUGUUCUGCACCUCACACUUCUUUAUAACUAUCUUCUGAAAGCACAGUAAUUAGCAUUAAUUUCACAAAAUUUUACUGUCAUUCAUCUGUCAUCAAGCACAAACUAUUAUUGUAUUUAAAUAUUCCAUGUAUAGAAAUAAUUCAUAUAAGGUAAACGUUCAUUGUUCAAAUAAUAUCAAGAUUGUUACUCAGUAAAAUAUGAGAGUCUAUAUACUAAUUUAUAAAAAGAUUUUUUUAUUUUCAAUAUUUAGGUAGAUUGUCUUUCCUUUUGUGGCAUAUAUCAUAAAUACACUUUUUAAAUCAGAAAUAUAGCUAAUCAAGAAGCGUAAUUUUAACUUCUAUUAUGAAAAUCCAUACUUCUACAAAAUAUUAGAUCUUAAUUAAAGGAAAUGGUUAAAAAUAAUCUCUCUGUGCAAUAAUAAAGUGUACAUUGUAUAGAAAUGCAUGGAUACCAAAGAGUUUUAGCUCUUUAUUUGUAAAAUGCAGAAAAUGUGUUUACAUCUGUAAUGUAUAAUUCUAACAUUAUACAUUUGUUUAUUGGAAAAAUAUGAAGCAUCAUUGCAGUUUAUAUAUUUUUAUCACCGCUUGUGUCUUCUGCUGUAAUUUGAGUAUUUGAAGCUAAUUGAAUAUGAAAGAAAUGUACAUUUUUGCAUGUCUAACUCUGGUUUUGUGUUUUUGUGUAUAAAACAAAUCUUCAAUACUACAACAUAUUUGAAAUCUCAUCAUAGUUGCACCUCCUUCCCCAUCUUCGUUUCUUUUCCGUCUGAGCAGAUUCAAUAAUAAGUUUGAAAAGGGAAUUGGAUAUCAAUUUGAAAAGUAAAAUAUUGCAGGUCUUUAGGAAAAAAGCAAAAGAAUGGGACUAAAUAGGAUAGCUCUUUCAAGGAGCAGUUGCAAGAACAAUAGGUGGAAUGGCCUUUUUCUGUGCUGUUAACAUUCUGCGAUUUGUGACUAGUUAGUUUGAAGGUAUUCACCACAGACACUUCAACCCACUGAAUCGCCAAUUUAAUACCAGCAGGAGACAGUCAUUCAAAGUGGUCACUUUUUGAUGACAUCUUUGUGGCCAAAUGCUUUGUGAAACUAAUAUUUGUGAAAUAAAGUUUAACUUUUCCUUA